AUAAGAUUGUAAGACAAUUAAAUUUUUUACUGGUCAACCUUCACUGGCCAAUUCGACCUCAAUAUCGACGUUUUCGUAACCAGUCGUGACUGGGACCAUUAAGUUUCUCUACCUGGUUCAAUCGCGAACAGUAAAGAAAAAUUUAUCAUCGAGCUUAGACUACCUGUAUACAUUUCGUCCUGGAACAGUUUCAAACUGGUGAGCACACGAAAUUGAGCAAACCAAACAUUGGAGUGAGUGACAAGUUAAUUUUAGCUAAACCUUUAGGCAGUGGAAUUUUUUAUUGAGUUUCGGUUGAAUUUCAGCAUAAAGUUUCCAAUUUCCAUACAAUGCGAAUCGAAGUACUCCCCAUUUUCCUUAUGUUUCAGGUAGUGGUCAGUCUCAAACACAAUGAUUUAAUUAUUGCUGUUGGCGAUACACUUGAGCUUCUCAGUGAUGGCAAAACAUUUCAAACACUGACUUUAUUUUCUUACAACGCGUCGAAACUGUCGGCUCUCGCGUACGAUCCUGUGGCCAAAAAACUGUUUUUCUCCGACACUCGCCAUCGUCACGGCCACAUAUUCAGCGUCGAUCUCAACGACGAAUUUUAUCAUCCUGUCGUCGACAUAGCUGAAAAAAAGGAUAACGAAACGGUCGGCAGUUUGACGUACGAUCCUGUUGAUAAAACGCUUUUAUGGAUGGAUGGAUUUAAUCGAUCCAUACGUCGAGUAAAGAUCGAACAUGAAACCUUCCACGCGGAAGAGAAAGGAGAUGUUGAAAUCCUCCAUUCGUUCGACGAUGCAAAGAAACCAAGCGGAUUAAUUUGCGAUCCUUGUACAAGAAUGUUGUAUUGGACAAACGUACAUGAAUCUCGUCCCACUAUAGAACGGUCCUUUAUCAAUGGAAGUCAUCCAAAAGUGAUCAUUGCAAACGAUCUGUUCCGGCCGAUGACGUUGGAUCUCGACGUGCCGGAACAGAAACUUUACUGGGCUCAAAGUCUUCGUAACGGUUCUUUCUAUAUCGAAAGAAGCUUCGUGAACGGAACGGGAAGAGAAGAUAUUUACCGUGAUGUUGGCCAAAUUAUCAUCAGUCUCGCCAUACGGUUUGACGUCCUAUUAUAAUAGACUACGUUAUUCAUUCUUAUUCAAUUCAAGGUGGGUGGUGACUACGUGUACUGGGGAGAUUACACUCAAAAGAAGCUGUGGUCCCUUAGAAAAGAUGGAUCUUCUAGCAGUCCGUUAACUCUUGGAACAUUUCGCAAUCCACCGACGAGUAUUGUAUUGCGACAUCAGCCGCUGGAUUGCAGUCUGCUAGAACAAUCUCAAACUGGGAAAUUAAUCGCACAUCAAUCAGCGACCAUAACCAUUGCCUGUUUCACUAUUACCAGUCUACUCAUAAUAGGCGUUGUUGCUAUUUUUAUGCUUCGAAUUUGGACGUUUAGAAGUGGGAGAAAAUUGUUGGUCUCUGACAAGGAUGAAGACACUUUUCCUUUUCAAGAUUUUGAUAACGGCAGGGAUUCGUACAGCAGAAAAAUGACGCAAUAAGUGUAACAUGUUGGCACAUUUCACUGCUUUGCUUUAAUUUUUCUUUCUCCUUGUUGAGAACUGCCAUGACCGGAAAAUUCGUUUUUUUUUAUUCAACGCAACCCGUUUGUUUGAUGCAUAAAAAAGACUUUUGUUGCAUUAACGGUUGUCCUAAUUAUGUGGGGAAUACCAAGAACAAUUCAGGUGUUCUUUCAAACUCUCGUUGACGGUUGAGGAAAAUUCGUUGUAAUGUCCGCGUGAAGUUCCGUUAGUUGAGAAUACAAAGGUAAAACAUU